GCGACACCAAGUUUUCGAGAUGGAGGUUCCUGGUGGUAUCCUGGGGGGUGUCUUGGGCGCAGCCGUGGUCAACGCAGCGGAAGUGUCGCUUGGCGCUGCGAAGGUCAGGAGAUGUGGGAUGGGUCAGAGGCAGCUUCUUGGUAGAUGAGGGAAGCAUCUGCUUGGUCGAAGCAGCCUCAAAGAAUCCAUCGCCGUUGUUCUGGUACUGAACGUUCUCGUCAACAAGGCGGUCGGUAAAGUCACAACACGAUGGGGCGUUCAAAGGAAUCGCUGGAGUCGAAUGGGAAGGAGUUCGAGCUGGAGUACCAUGGACUGAAGACGUUGAGGCACGUGUAGCGUGAGAUUUCGAUGGAGUUGUUAUGGCAUCAUUUGGAUGAGCGAUGCCGUCGGCCGCAACUGGAGGUUCGACCGACUCAUUCUUGUCUUCUUUCGUUUCUCCGUGUGGACGGACGUCGGAGUCAAUAGCGUCGACGGAAUCCUCUUGGACAACGAGGGGUUCGCAUAUGGAGGCGUUCGCUUUUACGCCUGUCACUUCGCAUGUCGAUUCGCGCGCUUUAUUGGAUGCUUCGAUCAAAUUCGACACUUCGCAAGGUGCAGCAACGUCCACAGGUGAUUCUGGAUCGAUACCUUCGACAGACGCACUUGUUGGAUUCGGCUGCUGGACAUCGCAUGCGUCCGCCUCUUCACUUUCAUCAUGGCCUUCACGAGCAGCACUCUCGUCUCCGUCACAGUUAAACAUUUCGCUUUCUUCAUGAAUGGGGCUCAUGGAGGAGUCCACAUCUUCUUCGCUGCACAGCAAGGACAAUCCAUCGUUGUCGCCUGCCGAGCUGUUUGCAUUGACAAAAUCAGUCACUCCGUCGUGCGCAUGGGCUUCUUCGUUGCCCAAUUCUUCCGUCAUAUGGGCGAGGACCUCUGCCACUGUUUCUUCCUGGCCAGCAGCAUCAGCCGCGUUUGUCCCUGCGUACGUCGCCAUGUCAACGGGAUGCUGCC